AAUCAUCCCAUUAGUUAGAGGAGAGUUUAGAGAGUUGAGAGAAGCUGUCCGGAGAGCUUCCCGUCGCCGGAGCAAGCCAUGGUGUUCGCCUGAAGUUUCGCCGUUUUUCCGCCAGAAUCAUCGUUUUACUUCGAAGUAAACAGAAAGAUUAAUGUGAUCCUGGCGGUAGAUGGGGUGAGAUUGUCAGGAUGGAUGUGACAAGUUUUGAAAUAAUUUAUGAUAUGUCAAUAUUAAAUUUGCUUCCGCAAUAUUGUUAAAUACUCCGUACUGUAUAUGUUAUGAAAAAUAUUAUUGAUAUUAAUAAAGUGUGGACACCCCUGGCUUAGUCUCACCCGACAAGAUCACCCCUGCACUCCGGUCAUCGUCCCCGAACGGUAACGAGCCGGGCACGACGAAAAUAUCGCGAGUGGACUAGAAAAACCGGGUAGUAGCCGUAACCUGACUACUAUGUACGUACACAAGCCCAACAUGAUGAAAACCCGUUGGUCCCCAAAGGUUCUUGGACGGGCCCACUGUAGUAGGCGCACGAAGUCCUCCCUACAGCAGUAUGCACAUGAUGAAAACCUAGAACAUUCGUCUAGAACGAACAUGAUGGAAUGAAUGCAUUGAUUAAAGAAGGGAGUUAAAUUCAAUGCAUACAUAUGUGUUUGAUUACAAUUUGUUCAGCAUGACGGCCUUGGGUUCAAAACUGGCUGUGGGGGAAUCGAACGAAAACAGAGCAGCGGCUUUGGCAGCUGCUAUCUACGCACUAUGGCGGCAACCGGUGGACAAGUCCGGCGACGACGGUGGUGGCCGCGGCGGCAGAAACAGAUCCAUUGGGCGGCGAUCUCCAACCCCGGUCAUGGUUCCAACAGCUCCAAAAUGGAUGUUGAAGAGGCGGAGGAAUCAAUACCCGAGAGAAACAAUCCUACCGAGGAGGAUGACAAGACAGGGGAGCCCAAGACCUCUAAAGGUUCGGGGAAAGGAUGUUUGUGAAGGAUUUUACUGUCACUACCAUUUGUGACGACAUAGUAGCGGAUUUGCGACCGAAAAGACUAAAAAAGUUAUCACCAU